AUGAAUCGUCUCGUGACUCGGUUACCAUUGCGAGUCGUCUCUCAAUGCCGCGAGCCGACACAGCUUCUGCGAUUUUCGGUGGCUCCGAGCCCCAGCUUAGCUUUGCGACAGAGCCGUAACUUCGCCAACUCGCCAGCGCUAUACAAGAAGAAAGAAAAGGCGACGAAAAAGGUAUCCCAUUCAGACGUCGAGUCUAGCGCUGCCGAUGCCGCCGAGGAUCCGUUUGACCUUUCACCUCUUCACUCCGGCAUAUCGACCGCCAUCUCCAGAUUGAAAGAUGAUCUGUCCAAGCUUCGCGCGGGCGGGCGCUUCAACACCGCGACUCUCGAGGGCCUGAAGGUCCAGCUGGGCAAGGAUAGCCAGGACUCUGUCAAGCUGGGUGAUCUGGCCCAAGUUGUACCCAAGGGGGGCAGGAUGGUCACCAUCCUAGUGGCGGAAGAGGAGCACAUCAAACCCGUUACCUCAGCGGUUGUAUCCUCGAAUUUGUCCCUGACACCCCAAGCUGAUCCUCAUAACGCCCUUCAACUGAAUAUCCCAAUUCCUCCCCCGACCAAGGAAUCCCGGGACAAGAAUGUCCAGGCCGCCAAGCAGGCCUUUGAAAAGGCAGCUAGCGCCGUCCGUGAUUCCAGAGGCGCCAUGCACAAGCGACUACAAGACAUGCAAAAGAAGAAGCUUGCUCGACCUGAUGACGUGCGCAAGGCUCAUGAUCAUAUGGAGAAGGCUACGGAGAAGGGUCAAAAGGACGUCAAGGAGCUAUUUGAUGCGGCCAAGAAAUCCUUGGAACAGGCAUAA